CUCGUCCCUUCUUGGUUUACUGGUUUUACUCCAAAUGUUGUCAGGAUCAAGAUUAGGUUGGAGUCAAAAAUAAAGAAAAUCACUGCUAGAUUUAACGAUCUCAUGACACAAAAAGAUCAACUGAAUUUGAAGGAAAAUUCUACUCCGAGGCCAAGCAAAAGAAGAGAGAUACCUCCCUCAACUUCUGUGGUGACUGAAGAUCACAUCUAUGGUAGGAAGGAAGUCGCAGAGGCUGUACUUCAAUUAUUGAUAAGUGAUAAACAUAGUGAUGCCUUGACUAAAGUACCUAAUGUGAUUCCUAUAGUUGGUAUGGGAGGUAUCGGAAAGACAACCCUCGCUCAGCUCGUUUACAAUGAUAAAAAACUGCAGAGCUUUUUCGAUAUGAAAGCAUGGGCUUGUGUUUCCGAAGAUUUUAAUGUUGCUACAGUUACAAUAACAAUUUUACAAUCUGUGAUUUCGGAAAACUGUGAUGGCAAAGAUCUAAAUUGGAUGCAAGUGACAUUGAAGAAGAAUUUACUUGGAAAAAAGUUUCUAGUAAUUCUUGAUGAUGUUUGGAAUGAGAAAUACAAUGAUUGGAUACUCCUACGUACUCCGUUUGAAGCAGGGGCUCCUGGAAGUAGUAUUAUCGUUACAACUCGUAAUCAAGGAGUUUCAUCACUGAUGGGGACCAUUAAAGUUGAACCUUUUCAAUUGGAGUUGUUGCCAAUUGAUGCUUGUUUGUCCAUAUUUUCCCAGCAUGCAUUGGAUGCAAAAGACUUCAGUGCACAUCCAGACCUUAAAGAUGUUGGGGAGGAAAUUGUUAGAAAGUGUAAAGGCUUGCCUUUGGCUGUAAAAACUGUUGGAGGCCUCUUACACGGUACACAAGACAGCAAUGAGUGGGAGAAAGUUUUGCAGAGUAAGAUAUGGAAUAUACCAGAAGAGAAAAGCGGAAUUGCGCCCGCUCUUAUGUUAAGCUAUCACAAUCUGCCUGCACAUUUAAAGAGGUGUUUUGCUUAUUGUUCUAUAUUUCCAAAAGAUUAUGAGUUUGAGGAAAAGGAGGUGGUUCUAUUAUGGAUGGCAGAAGGUUUGAUUCAUCGACGACAUGAGGAUGAAGAGGAAAUGGAAGAUUUGGGUAGCGAGUAUUUUCGCAAUCUGUUGUCAAGGUCAUUUUUCCAAGAAUCACACUUUUAUAAAUCCAAAUUUUUUAUGCAUGACCUCAUCAAUGAUUUGGCUCAAUCGGUUGCAGGCGAGACGUGCUUUAGAAUGGAAGAUAGGGUUGGGGGUAGUCAGCAUGGGGUUCUCCCUAUAAAGGCACGCCACUCAUCUUACUUGGGUAGCCAAUAUGAUGUUACUAAAAAGUUUGAGGGUUUUUCUAAACUCAUUAGUUUACGUACAUUCUUACCUUUCAAGCUAUCAGGUCCAGGUGAUUGCUAUUUGGCUCGUCGUGUUUCUCAUGAAUUGGUUCCAACAUUAGGAUAUUUAAGAGUGUUAUCUUUCAAUGGGUACCGUAUAACUGAGCUUUCAGAUUCUAUCAGUGGUUUAAAGCAUCUACGGUACCUUAACCUUUCAGAAACUGAAAUUAGUAGCCUGCCUGAAUCAAUAGCUACUAUCUACAAUUUGCAAACAUUGUUGUUGGAGAAUUGCCGUCAUUUGAAGAAAUUACCUUCAAUGUUAUGCAACUUGGUCAACCUGCGCCACCUCAAUAUUGAAGGUGCAAAUUGUUUGGAAGGAAUGCCGGUGCAAAUAGCUAAAUUAACUUGUCUCCAAACACUGUCUAAUCUAAUUGUGGGAAAAGACAAUUGCUCAGGGGUAAAGGAGCUUGGGCCUUUGAAUCAUCUAAGGAAAGUCAAAAUUUCAAGAUUAGAGAACGUGAUUGAACCGAAGGAUGCAAAUGAUGCUGAAUUAAUUAAAAAGAUCAAAAUUCGUAAGUUGUCAUUGGGAUGGAGUCAUGACAUUGAUGAGUCGAAAGACAGGACAAGUGAACUAGAGGUACUAAAUGGGCUACAGCCUCAUGGCACUUUGACGGAGCUGGGUAUAAUUAACUAUGGUGGUACAAAAUUCCCUAAUUGGUUAACACCUCCUUCAUUUCCUCAUAUGGUCUCCUUGGAAAUAUCAAAAUGUCGCAAGUGCACAUUAUUACCUCCAUUGGGGCAAUUGCCAUCACUCAAAACUCUUUCGAUCUCUGGCGUGGAUAGCGUGAAGAGUGUUGGUUCUGAAUUUUGUGGUGGUAAUUUAGAGACUUUGGAUUUCGAUGACAUGAAGGAGUGGGAGAAUUGGAGUCCUUGUGAAGAAUUCUCAAAUCUACGUGAGCUUUCCCUUCAUAAGUGUCCGAAGCUAUUAGGGAAGUUACCAAACAACCUUCCUGUACUAAAGUAUGCUAAUAUAUAUAAUUGUAAGAUGUUGGUGCUUUCACUUUCAUGCUUUCCAGAUAAAUGCAGACUUAGUACUGAUAUAUACAGAGGGGUGGUGUGUGGGAGCAAGGUUAUAUUCAAAUCAAUAAAUGAAGGGCAUAUGGAAGGACUGGCAGAGUUGGAAAGCUUAACUAUUAAAAACUGUGAGGAGCUGAGGAAUUUGUGUUCAGACAACAUGGGAUCACUGCCACAUCUCCCAUUUCUACGUGCUCUCAAAAUUUCUAGUUGUCCUAAACUAGUCUCUUUGGUGGUGGAAGAAGUUGAUCAAGAGGCUAGUCUCCAACUCAGAAUCACAUAUAUUAGUAUCCAAGAUUGCAUAGCCUUGGAAUCAUUACCCAGGGCAUUGAUGUACAACAACACGUGUCUUCAGUCUAUUUUUAUCUUUAAUUGUGAUUCGCUGACGCACUUUGCAAGAAGCCAUCUGCCUCCAACUUUAAAGAAGCUACAUAUAAGAGACUGCAAGAGUAUGAGGAAUUUGGUGGAGGAUGAUGAUAUUGAUACAAACAACAACAGUACUACUUGCAGUAGUGGCAACACAUCUCAUCUUGAGGUCUUGGACGUUAGCAAUUGUCCAUCCCUUGAAUCCUUAACAUUAAGUGGAGAAUUACCUACCACACUUCAACGCCUCUAUAUUUACCUAUGUCCGAAGCUGAAGUUAGUAGCAAAGAGUUUUCAUCAUAACUCGUUUCUGGAAACCAUCACCAUCUCCGAAUGUGAAAAUCUUCAAUUGUUGAAUGGUGGAGAGUUGCUCCUCCCUUCCAACCUGAGAGAGCUUUAUAUAUUUAAUUGUGAGAAAAUGCAGGGACUACAAAACGGCAUAUACGACCUCACCUCUCUUCAAGCUUUGCAAAUAUUGUAUUGUCCGAGCAUUUUAUCAUUUCCUAAACAAGGUUUUCCCACAAACCUAACAAUUCUUAACAUCUCUCGUCUUGAAAUCACUGAAGCCUUGUUCGAUUGGGGGUUGGACAACCUCACUUCUCUUAAAGAACUUAGUAUUGUUGGAUGUCAGCAUCUGGUGUCCUUUCCAAAGAUGACGUUGCCUGCCUCUCUAACAAUCCUCCACAUUGAAGAAUUUUUGAAACUGGAAUGCCUGUCUUCCGAGGGCUUAAGAAAACUCACAUCUCUUAAAACAUUGGUGAUCUUUGACUGUGACAACCUCGCGUGUUUUCCAGAGGAUGGACUACCUCCCUCACUCCUGGAGCUUGAUAUCUCUUAUUGCAAAAAGUUGAUGUCCUUUCCAAAGAAUGGCCUGCCUCCCUCACUCCUAAAGCUUUGGAUUUCUGAUUGCCCAAAUUUGAGGUCCUUUCCAAAGGAUGGUCUGCCUCCCUCACUCCUAAAUCUUCGUAUCUUUAAGUGCAAAAAGUUGAGGUCCUUUCCUAAGAAUGGCCUGCCUCCCUCACUCCAGCAACUUGCGAUCGAUGAAUGUCCUCUGCUGGAAAAAUGGUGCAAGAAAGGAGAGUGGUGCAAGAUAGCUGACAUCCCUUAUGUUGAAAUUAAUUACAGAUACAUUUAUGGCACAGAAACGGAGGAAUAAAUCCAAAGAUAAGUUUUUUUGGGCUAAGAUCCAAAGGUGCUUUGAAUGUUGAAUGGUGGCAUUGAAGAGACCCCAUCACUCCUAUUGCUUGCUGCAACCAGAUCUUGUUGAUCUUCGAUUGCAUGACAUGGGUAAAGAUGAAGAAGGGGAAGGAGUUCUGCCAAUGUAAUAUCCUUAGGAACGAACAUAAUUGGGAGGGUUCAAAAGACUAAUGCAUGCUAUUGCAACUUUCGACUGCUAUCUGAAAAAAGUUGACGGAGGCAAGAAGUUGUAAACCAAGCAGCAAUGGAUGACAUUUCUCAUAGCAAACAACUGGCUCUAAUUCUUAGUGCACAAACCCAAUAUAAAAUUGCAGCAGCAUAUCGUUGGCUUGCCAAGUCUUUCUUCAUGUUUUGGAUCCCCCCAAUGCUUGUAAGAGCUGUCAAGGAGGUGCUUACAACGCUCUCUCUCUCUCUCUCUCUCUCUCUCUCUCUCUAUUCAUGUAAUUUGUCAUUAUUUUAUCUGAUUGUAAAUUUGUAAUGAAUCAAAGUAAUCCCAAGUGUGAAAUGAAGGUAGCUGCUUUGAAUUUC